AUGAAGGCAAUCAAGCGAACACCAGUGCCCCUACCGGCCUCCAAUUUGACAGCAAACCAAAAGAAAGCGCCUCCCCGUCCACAACUGAGCCAGGAAGUUCUCAACAGUGACGACGAUUCAUCCAAUGGGAAUGAAAGCACACCACAAGCAAAGACGUCCACCAAGCCCAAGACAACUAUCGCAAUUCAUGCGCCAAAUGGAGCAGUUAAAAGGCCAGCGAAUCAGCCAAAGGAGAAAUCUGCCGUGAAAGCAGUCUCCAAGUCAAGAUCUGCGCCCAACCAGCCCGUACAAGAGUCAGGCGAAGAAUCAUCUGGCUCAGACGCGAGCGACGAUAGCCAUUUGCCUACGAAGAAUGGCCAAGAAAGGAAUAUUUCCAGUGACAGCAGCUCAGAUAGCUCUGAUGACGGGUCUGAAGAGGGAACUGCAGCACAAACAAGCAGAACAGGCACGCAAGAAAAAGUCGUACGGACAUCACAAGCACAGUCUCACACAGUCGAGUUUCGGCAAGCUGAACCCUAUGUACCACCGAGAGGGUUCGGUCCCAUUCCACUCAAUGACAGAAUCACCUCCAAAGCGGCGAGUAUAUUCGACGAUUUGGACGGUAAGCAGGUCUGGCACAUCAAAGCUCCGGCUGGGAUAUCAUUCAAAGAACUGCAUACAUUGUCUUUGGAGGAGGCCUUUGGAGGACAGACUAUCCUGAACCACAAGGGCACUGACUACGGAUUCUUGCAGACUGAAAAGAGCGAGCACACGCCACGAGAGGUACUGGUGCCCGAAAAGUCAAGUCUCAAGGCUGUACCUGCGCGCAUAUCCCAGACGCUGCAUCUCCAAGCAAUCGUACGACUUCCCGAGUUGAGCGACAAACAAGCAGACACGAAUACAGGCUCAGAAGCGGCAGCCUCCAUUACCAGAUCCACCAUCCGUACUCCACGAGCCCAAGUUAAUGGUCUUAAGAUGCGUUUCCUGCCGGUCGGAUUUCACGGUGAUGCCGCCGGGACGAUUGGCGAUUCAGACAACGAGAUGGAAACCCCUACAGAGACCGCUGGACUGGGUAUGCCAAAUGGGCUGAACCUUCCUUCAAGGAGAAAAGAGAAAAGAAAGCACGCCGACGUCAAUGGCUCAGAGACGAUAGAGGCACCGGCAAAGAAAAGCAAGAAACACAGAUCUAUCGAGGAUGUGAAGAGGAAGGAAGAGAGGAGGGCGAAGAAAGAGAAGAAACGGGCACGGGACGCAGCUGGAGCAGAGUUAUGA